AUGGCAGAAGCUGUCAUUGGUAGCAUUGCUGAAAAGAUCAUUGAGAUUUUAGGUUCUCAAGCAAUAGAAACAGUUGGAAAGUUAUGGGGCAUCAAGCAUGAACUCGAGGCCCUCAAGAAGACUGUCUCCCUUCUUCAGCCUGUACUGGACGAUGCAGAAGAGCAAUACCACCAUGCCCACAUCCGAAUUUGGGUUGAGCAACUGAAAGACGCUUUCUAUGAGGCGCAGGAUGUGCUUGAAGAAUUCAACAUAGAAGCUAUGCGACAAGAACUGAGGGGCCACAAUGAAAGGAUGAAGGCGGUAAGGACAUUUUUCUCAAGUUCAAACCAGCUUGCUUUUAAAUUGAAGAUGAGUGACAAAGUAAGAGUAGUGAGGGUGAGAAUAGAAGCCUUUAAGGCUAAUAGAAUACCCACCUUGAAGGAGCACCCCAAGAAAGAGUGGAGGAAUAGAGAAGAGACGCAUUCAUUUAUACGUGAGGAAGAUAUUAAAGGAAGAGAAGAUGAUAAGGAGAUAGUUAUGAAAUUUUUACUGGAUUCAAACAUGGAAGAGAAUGUUUCCAUCCUUCCAAUAGUUGGUAUUGGUGGACUUGGAAAAACAGCUCUUGCUAAAUAUGUGUAUGGAGAUAAAACAUGGUUGAGCUUGAAAACUUCAUUGGUCGAAGGUGCUAAAGGAAGCAAGAUCCUUAUAACUACACGCCUUCCUUCGAUGGCAAAGAUCACCGGCACUACUCCACCUCAUUUUCUCGGAGGCUUAUCUGAAAGUACACCUUUUGAUUUACUAAUGCAAAUGGCUUGUUGUAACAAAGAGGAGUUACAAGAUCCUGACAUGCUAGUUAUUGGUAAAGAUAUAGUUAGAAAGUGCUGUGGUGUUCCAUUAGUUGUUCGAACUGUUGGGAGCUUACUAUUCUUUAAGAAAACUAAAUCCGAGUGGUUACAUUUCAAAGAAUAUGACCUCCUAAAAGUGUCUCAAAACGAAGAAUGCAUAAAACAGGUUCUGAAGCUAAGUUAUGACCAUCUUCCUUCACAUUUGAAACAAUGUUUUGCAUUAUGUUCAUUGUUUCCUAAAGAUUAUGAGUUAAAAAAGCAGACUUUGGUCGAUCUUUGGAUGGCAGAAGGAUUUAUCCGGCCAUCAGAUAGAGGUCAACAUUUAGAAGACAUUGCUCAUGGAUAUUUCAUGGAUCUACUUUGGAGUAACUUCUUCCAAGAAUUUCAAGAGGAUGUGGGAACUUGCAAGAUGCAUGAUUUGAUGCAUGAUCUAGCUUGCUCGGUUGCUGGGACCGAGUGUUGGGUGGCAUGGGAUGACACAAAACACAUACAUGAAAGAACUCAUCAUAUAUCUUAUGAUUCAACUUUCAAUUUCAUGAGUAAAUUUCCAAUCUCACAAGUGAAAGCUAGUGCACUAAGAACAUUUUUGUCCGUUACAAGAUAUUGGGAAAGGGAUCCAAUGAUUGAAGUAGAUCUACGCCGACUCAUUCAAAGUUUCAAGAGGUUGCGCAUCUUGGAUUUACAUGCCGCAAAUGUCGAGAAGGUGCCAAGGUCCAUUGGUAAGUUGAAGUAUCUCACAUAUCUUGAUCUCUCUUACAAUGAAAAACUCAAGAGGCUUCCUAACUCCAUUACGAGGUUGCAGAAGUUGCAAAAACUUAAUCUUAAGAGUUGUUCUAAACUGAAAGAAUUGCCAAGGGAUAUAAGGAAGUUAGUCAGCCUUCGAAAUCUAGACAUAGAUGAUUGUAAUGAACUUAGUUAUAUGCCAUGUGGACUAGGGCAAUUGAGUUCGUUGCAUAGGUUAAGUUGCUUUAUAUUGCCCAAAGAUAAAGCUCUUGCUAAGAAAUAUUGCGGACUUGGGGAGCUAAAUAGGCUUAAUAACAUCCGGGGAGCACUUUCCAUUGAAAAUUUGGGAAGUGUGACAAAUGCAGUAGAAGAAUCCCAAGCCGCGAACCUGAGAGAGAAGAGUUCUUUAGAAGUCUUGGGUCUUUCAUGGGGCAAUGUCAAUAUUACUGAUGAAGCAAUUGCAAUGAUUACGAAGAGAGAUGAAGCACUAUUAGAUGGAUUGAGGCCGCCUGACAAUCUGCAGAAGUUGAUUAUUAAAGGAUAUAAUGAUUGCCCCAAUUUUAAGGAAUUAUCAGAGCAAAUCGAGAAAUGUGAGGAGCUGGAUAUAUCCAAAGACGAAAGCGGCAACAUCUUGGAUUUCCAUGGAGGCCUUCAGAGUCUCCGCUCCGUGGAAAUCGAGGGCCUUCCUGCACUGACAUCUCUCCCACAGUGGCUUCUACAAGCCCGCAAUCUUGAGCGUCUCACAAUUUGGAGUUGCCGCAAGUUGAAGGAUAUACCAGAGCAGAUCGAGGCCCUUCAAUCACUUCAAAAUCUCGUCAUCAUUCAGUGUCCCUCAUUGACAUCAUUCCCUGAAGCAAUGCGAAGGCUCACAUCCCUUACUCACCUAACCAUCUACCGUUGCCCAAAAUUGGAGGAGAGUUGCAAAAGACAAGCAGGCAAGGACUGGGACAAGAUCGCUCAUAUCCCGCACAUACGAAUUGAUUGUAGAUCGUGCACUAAUUUUCUUCACUGA